CUAGGGAGACUAAGACUCAGGACGUGGUGCGGCAUGGCUGGGACAAUGCAGCUCCUGGCUUGGCUAAUGGUAGCCAUUUGCCUCCUCCCAGGGGUGACUACAACCCGGCACUAUGCAGGGCAGCCCAUGAACAGCGCCAGCGUGGGAGGUGGCCUGCAGGAGCCAGAGGUCCCGGAAGUGAUGUUUGAGCUGCUCUGGGCUGGGCUGGAGGUGGAUGUCAUGGGGCAGCUGUACAUCCAGGACGAGGAACUGGCAUCCACACGUCCAGGCCGCCGGCUCAGGCUCCUCCUUCAGCGCCACGUGCCCAGUGACUUGGAGGGUGCCAAGCAGCAGCUGCAGCAGUUCCAGAACCUGCGGAAGGGGCCUCCUCUUAGCCCUUGGGACUUUGAACAUCUGCUCCUCACAGGCCUUUCCUGUGUCUACCGGCUCCACAAGGCUAGCGAGGCUGAGGAGAGGGGUCGCUGGGCUGAGGUUUUCGCCCUCCUGGCACAGGAAACACUCUGGGACCUGUGCAAGGGCUUCUGCCCCCAGGGCCAGCCCCCUUCUCUGGGGCCCUGGGCCUCGAUCCUUGCUUGACUCCUUCCCCUGACCCUCCCCUUUCACAUCCCACCCCAAGCCAGACCCAUCCUGGGCAGAGGCUUCCAGCUGGCCCCUGGUUCAUCCCACUGUGCUCAGGCUUGUACCCUGGACCCCAGCUUACCCCUCCCCCAUCUUCUUCCCUGGGCCCUGACAGGCUAAGAGGACAGGCUCUGGGUCCCAGA